AGCACACAAACCUAAAGCAGUUUCUUUAAUUUUGCAGCAAAAGAGAUGGCAAGAACUAAGCAAACUGCUCGCAAAUCAACCGGUGGGAAAGCGCCAAGGAAACAGCUUGCAACAAAAGCGGCAAGGAAAUCAGCUCCGGCGACAGGUGGAGUGAAGAAGCCACACAGAUUCAGGCCAGGAACUGUGGCGCUCAGGGAAAUUCGGAAGUACCAGAAGAGUACUGAGUUGCUCAUUCGUAAGCUUCCAUUUCAGAGGCUUGUGAGAGAAAUCGCACAGGAUUUCAAGACCGAUCUGAGGUUUCAAAGCAGCGCGGUGGCUGCACUUCAGGAGGCGUCCGAGGCUUAUUUGGUGGGAUUGUUCGAGGAUACAAAUCUGUGUGCGAUUCAUGCCAAGAGGGUUACAAUUAUGCCUAAGGAUAUGCAAUUGGCUAGAAGGAUUAGGGGUGAGAGGGCUUAGAUUUUUUGCAAACGUUGUCUGCUAGCUUUACUCCACAACCAUGGUAUUAGGGUUCUAUAAAUCUGUGUUCUUGUUGUUGAUAUAAGCUGUAUUUGAUCUUCGUUUGAAUCUUUUCUAAAUGUCAACUUUCUCUUUGACGUAAUGAAUGAUGAAUUGGGAGUUUCUGGUUCU